GGAGCGCCGCACUGAGGGUGAGGCGUUACCGAGGGAGCGCCGCAUUGUCGGAGAGGCUGCACCGAGGGAGCGCCACAAGACGGAACAUUUUCUUGUGACGGACGGACUCGGGUUCCUGGGGAGCGGAAGUGCCGCGGACCGGGGACGGAUUUGUUCGCCGCACACGGCGGCAGUGGAAGGCGGCGGCGGCGGCGGGAGAAUGUCCAAUGAAGCAGAACCGGCUGCAGGCUUCAAAGAAAUACUUGCUCCCCGGUACACGGCAGCUGAUGCGGAGUUUCAGGAAAUAGUGAAGAGUUCUUCUGAUCCACCGCCCAUUGCAGAGGACAGGAUGGACCGACCUGGUGGGAACCGCAGAACAUCCAGUGAAGCAAUACUGGCUCCAGACUACGAGGAAAUGUUUGCUCACCGGUUCACGGCAGCUGACACGGAGUAUCAGGCAAUGGUGAAGAGUGCGACUGACCCACCGCCCAUUGUAGAGGAUUGGAUGGGCCAAUCCGGUGGGAACCGCAGGUCACACGACCAUGGAUUCCAUCGAGGGCACAGUGAUAAUCGCCACUGGUCAAAUAACCAGCGGUGGCAAGGCAGAGAUCGCAGCAGCAAUCGAUCUGGCUCUUAUGAAUCGUACAGCCAAGGGAACAAUUCGCACUGACAGUCAAACCACCCAUCGCUACUUACUGAAACACGACUGACUGAAUCAAUCAACUGGGUGAAAUGCCAUUGGAAUUAAGUGGAUUGCAACAGUCUCAUUUUACAAAAAUCCCAUUUCGGCAUUAUUGCUGUUAGUAGGUUAGGUAGUUUGGGGAAAAGUUAAUGGUUUGUGUGUGGCACCUGUGGGUGAUUCUACCUGGUACUGUGCAAUAAAACUUGUGGUUAGUUACUCCGUUAAACCAGUUCAUGUACAUGGUCAAAUUGUGGUAUUCAAUUGUGUAAAAAAUUGAAUGCUUUUAUUGAGCAGGAUUACAGGAUGGAUGACCCCCCCCUCUCCUGUCAGCAGCAAACAUUGAUCAUAAACAGUCCUCUUAUCUCUCCUACAGCUAAUAUUUGCUGAUGUCUGGAAUGAGAAAUGCUGCUGCAAGUUGUUAGGUUACUGACCUUGACCAUUCCUCUCCUUUGCUGCUCAAUGGUGUUAGCUGAAACUGAUUUAGAAUAUGGAGUGUUAAACUCCAGAUCACUGAUUCAUUCUGCAUUGAUUCAGCGCCCUCACCAGGGAUCCAAAUGGAGACUCUCAGUCCCUGUUAAUUUGCAAUCUGAGAUCAGAUUAUAUAAUGAGAGAAAAUGAGGCAGAGAAUUAAAUGACAUCAGGAACCUACAGACGGGUGUGUGAUGGAGCCUUAUGUAAACCUCAUUCUGAUGUUAUGUGAUUCUUUACCAAGGAUAAUGGCUUUUACCCACCAAUUAGUUUCCUUGAUCAAUGAAGAAGGAUCUCGACCCAAAAGGUCACCCAUUCCUUCUCUCCAGAGAUGCUGCCUGUCCCGCUGAGUUACUCCAGCAUUUUGUGUCUACCCUCAGUUAGUUUCCGUACAUGUAUGCAAGAGAAAUUUAAUGAUUUUUAAAGAUUGUUUAUUCCCGUUGUAGAUGGUUGUCAUCGUUGUUUAGAUUGUAUGUUAAUUUUAGCACCAUUGUGCAAGAGCUUGCGUUGCUGAAUGUGCACAUGGUUGGUGGCUGUGAUGGCCAGGACUGGACCAGUGUGCAAAUACACAGCAACUGGUUGAAACUAAUGACCAGGAUAUCGCAAUGAGAUAAGCAACAAGAACAAAGACAUUUCUACACUUCCCAUCUGAAUGUUGCAGUUUAACAUAGAGUGAGUGUUCAAUCAAUCUGUGAGGGGAGUAAUCUUUCACUGGGAGAUCUGAGGCUCCUGUACUUGAACAAGUCUUCCCCUCUUGGAGAAGAUAGUUUUGUGAUCAUGUCCACUGGCUUUAACACCAUUGCCCUUGACAUACUUUGCGGUUGGCAACUAGUACUGAGACUCUCCUGGUGGUAGGUGUUUGAGGGAAGAUGUGGUGAACUGAAAAAUGUGUACUCUAAGUCGCGUUCAGAUAUUUGUAAGUUAAUACCUUUUUAAAGUUAAUUGACCUCAUGGGUUCUUUAGUACUGGGAGAUUCACCGGCUCCCCCACUGUGAAGUGGUACUGAACUUUAUAUUGUACUGUCCAGUUAUUAAAAGUAGGAUUCUGGUUACAUAAACUGUUUUCACGUCCUAUGACUAAUCCCUAGUUAAUUCUCAUCUACAAGCUUUGUGGAGAUUAACUUGCACCAGCAAUCUGACCAGUAGCUGAAUGGUUAGUAUUGUACCAAACGGGACAUUGAUAUUCAAAUGGACACUGGAAGACUAGUUUACACUGAAUAUGGUUUAUAUCUUAUUUUUGUAUGCUUGUAUCUUUCAAAUAUGAACAAAGUACAAAUAAAAAAAGCAUUCCUGAGA